AUGUGCGGCUGGCCGCUGCUGGUGCUGUGGGCGCUGCUCUCCGCGACGGCUGUGGGGAGCCCGGGCCGCGGGUUCCCGCACGGCACGGUCCUCGACCCCGAGGGCAAGUACUGGCUGCGCUGGGGCCGGCAGGGUGGGCGGCUGGCCUUCCGCCUGGAGGUGCGCACCACAGGCUACGUGGGCUUCGGCUUCUCGCCCACGGGGACCAUGGCCGCCGCAGACAUCGUGGUGGGCGGCGUGGCUCACGGGCGGCCCUACCUCCAGGACUAUUUCACGAAUGCAAAUAAAGAAUUGGAAAAAGACGCCCAGCAGGAUUACCACCUCGAAUACGCCAUGGAAAACAGCACCCACACAGUGAUCGAGUUUACCAGAGAACUGCACACGUGUGACGAGCAUGACAAGACCGUCACGGAUAGCACUGUGAGAGUCAUCUGGGCCUACCACCCUGAAGAUCCUGGAGAAUCUGGUCCCAAGUACCAUGACUCAAAUCGGGGCACAAGGAGUCUGCGGUUACUGAACCUCGAGAAAGCCAGUGUGUUGCCCACAGCCUCACCAUACUUUGAUCUGGUAAAUCAAAACGUACCCAUUCCAAACAAAGGCACAACAUACUGGUGCCAAAUGUUUAAGAUCCCUGCAUUCCAGGAAAAGCAUCAUGUAAUAAAGGUUGAGCCAGUAAUAGAGAGAGGCCAUGAGAGCUUGGUCCACCACAUCCUGCUCUACCAAUGCAGCAGCACUUUUAACGACAGCGUUCUGGACUACGGACAUGAGUGCUACCAUCCAAAUAUGCCUGACGCCUUCCUCACCUGCGAAACUGUGAUUUUUGCCUGGGCCAUUGGUGGAGAGGGCUUUACCUAUCCACCUCAUGUUGGAUUAUCCCUUGGCACGCCACUGGAUCCUCAUUAUGUGCUCUUAGAAGUCCAUUAUGAUAAUCCCUCACACAAGAAAGGUUUAAUAGACAGUUCUGGGCUGAGGUUUUUCCAUACCACGGAUAUAAGGAAAUAUGAUGCAGGAGUGAUUGAGGCUGGGCUCUGGGUGAGCCUCUUCCACACAGUCCCUCCCGGGAUGCCUGAGUUCCGCUCUGAGGGUCACUGCACUCUGGAGUGUCUAGAGGAGGCCUUGGGGGCUGAGAGGCCCAGCGGAAUCCACGUGUUCGCGGUUCUCCUUCACGCUCACCUGGCGGGCAGAGGCAUCAGGCUGCGUCAUUUCCGCAAAGGGGAGGAAAUGCAGUCGCUGGCUUACGACGAGGAUUUCGACUUCAAUUUCCAGGAGUUUCAGUAUCUGAAGGAAGAACAAACAAUCUUGCCAGGAGAUAACCUGAUUACUGAAUGCCGGUACAACACCAAGGACAGGGCCGGGAUGACUUGGGGAGGACUGAGCACCAGGAACGAAAUGUGUCUCUCGUACCUUCUCUAUUACCCGAGGAUCAACCUGACUCGGUGUGCCAGCAUCCCGGACAUCAUGGAGCAGCUGCAGUUCAUUGGGGUGAAGGAGAUCUACAGACCUGUCACGACAUGGCCUUUCAUUAUCAAAAGCCCUAAGCAGUAUAGAAACCUCUCUUUCAUGGAUGCAAUGAACAAGUUUAAAUGGACUAAGAAAGAAGGGCUCUCCUUCAACAAGCUGGUCCUUAGCCUACCCGUGAACGUGAGAUGUUCCAAGACAGACAACGCAGAGUGGUCGAUUCAAGGGAUGACAGCGCUGCCUCCUGAUAUCCUAAGGCCUUACAAAGCAGAACCUCUGGUGUGCAGGAUACCAGCUGCCUCUCCCCUGCUUGGCAUUUCCUCUCUCAGGUUGCUGGCGUGCUCUCUACUUCUUGGAAGCGUGCUGAGCACCCAGGGCUGGUGACUGCUGUCCAUGGUGACCCUGGAGUCUGGAAUCUGACACUGUCCUUUAAACCCAGGUUGAAGACCGUGUUCACAUUGGGCCUGAAAAGAUGAGUGUGAGGAGCCUGGACACUUGGAUUUAGCACACUCCUUCCAUUUUCCUCUCCAGGCUGCCUGAGCGAUGCCACUGGGCUCUCCGGAGUUUCCUCAUAAAAGUCAAUGCUCUGUGCAUAGGAAUAGGAGAAUAAAAGGGACCUAAUGUAACCACUCUGAAAGUUCAGUAAAGAAGAAUCUUUAAUUUGUUUUUACAUUCCAUGUUAUUAUUGUUCAACCCGACCCCAUCCUUCUCUUCACAAAGAAGUGUACUUUAACAACACCAAAGGAAUUACUCUCGCUCUAGUCUACUCACCUUCCUUUCAAGGUGUCAAGUGCAAGUGUGAGCACAAUCUUUUUUUUUUUUUUUUUUUUUUUUUUACAUUUUCCAGUCCCUGUGUUUUCUAUGACUUCUUCAUGGCCCUCUGACCUCAGUGCUUUGCAGUGGUCCCUCUUUUGUUUUCCUGAUUGUCUGAGUCUGUUGAUACCCAAACCCACAUCAAAGUACCUCCUCGUCUCUGCAGCCCUGCUCUGCUGAGUCUUUUUCUUAAUCUCUGUAACUCUUCUAAAAGAAUGAGAUUUCGGUAAGUGUGGAGAUGGUGGUGGUUGGUUGCAGACUAAGAAGGAAGUUCAGACAGCUGCAAACCUCUUUCCCUGAGGGCUUCUAGAGGAGAUGAGAUUCCAAAGCAGGGAGGAGAGUGUGAGCUGGCAGGAGGCAAUGGGGCCUGCGAGCUUCCUCACCACUGGGCGUUUCACAUCGGCUCAAUCUGAGUCAUAUUUCCUACGAUAGAUUUAUUUUUGUAUUAGUUAAUAAAAAAUAUAAAGUUGCCGCCAAUUGAAGAUCUUAUCAUCUUUUGGUCCUCUUCGUAUUACCUAGUUAAAUCUUGUUAAACGUCCUGUGUUCGUCCAUUAAGCUGGAUGUAUCCUAGAACCUUACUUGGCACUAAGUUAUGAAAGGAAACAAAUAACACUGGUGAAUAAAUAAGUUGGCAAGUGGACGACUAAAAUGAAAUACUUCAUGCUGUCUGAAAUACAAUGUAUGUCCCAAACUUACAUAUAAUAAAAGCAUGUGUCAAAAUUUUUUUUUAAAAAGUAAACUUUUUGUGUAGUAUCUUAUAUGGUCCAUGAGAGAAUCAAGGCGUUGUAUACUGCUAUCAAUAAAAUCAGCUGGAAAACUGCUUUUUCCACUUUAAGCCCUUUCUGUCUU